AUCCGAACGGUCAGCGCUGACCAGCCCGUCUGGCCACGGAACCUCACUGAGUCGCUGCCGGAGGUCCACUUCCAGGGGGGCAAAGCCCUCUGCAAACUGGAAACCGAGGCUCCGGGAAUGGGCCGGAAGCAGUUCAUGCGGUUCGAGUGGGCCAAUUACGCGGCCGAGGCCCUGGGCUGUGAGUACGAGGAGCUGAACACGGCCACCUUCAAGCACCAUCUGCGGCAGAUCAUUGAGCAGGUCACCUCGGGGUCAAGCCAGCGGACACCCGGGGACCAGGAGGCCAGCUCAGGGCUCAAGAUGACUGGCGCGGAAUGCGUGGACGGGAUGGCCGCAGGCCUGUACCAGGAGCUCUUUGCCGCUGUGGUCUCGCUCAUCAACAGGUCCUUUUCCUCCCCGCAUCUCUGCAUGGCCUCCAUCCUGGUGGUGGACGGCCCUGGCUUCCAGAACCCACGGCACCAGGGCAAGGAGCGGGCGGCCACCUUCGAGGAACUCUGCCACAACUACGCCCAGGAGCGCCUGCAGCUGCUCUGCCACCAGCGGACCUUCGACUCUGCGCUGCGGCGGGUCCAGGAGGAAGGCAUCCCUGUGUCCUUUGAGCCCCCUGAGACGUCCCCCGGGACUUCGGUGGCCGUUGUGGAUCUGAUCCCCUCCCAGAUCCGCCGACCUGCUGGAGGAGAUGCUGAGGCCCCCGCGGGCCUGUUCUGGGUCCUGGACGAGGAGGUCCGCGUGGAGGGCUCCAGUGACGGUGCAGUGCUCGAGCGCCUCCGGGCGGCCUUUGAGAAGAGCAGAGUGGGGGCCGAAGAAGGAACUUCAGCGCUCCGGAUGUGUGAGCAGCCCCUCCAGUUCGAGCUCUCCCACCAGCUGGGACAGGACCCUGUACGCUAUGACCUCACGGGCUGGCUCCACCGGGCCAAGCCCAACCUCUCGGCCCUGGAAGCCCCCCAGAUUCUGCAGCACUCACAGAGGGAGGAGCUCAGGAGUCUGUUCCAGGGCCGGGCCAAGCUGCCGCCUGUGUGCCGCGCCCUGGCCGGCCUGGACGGCACCUCCCAGCAGGCCCUCCAGCGGGGCUGUGCCCUGAGGAGGACGUUCGCCCGCGGCCCGUCCGCCGUGAGGAGGAGAGCGUCCUGCGCGCAGGUCCAGCUGCAGAUGGACGCGCUGACCCACGUGCUCAGGAAGUCCCAGUUGCAUUUCAUCCACUGCCUGGUGCCCGGGCCGCGGCCCUCACCUUCCGCCCCGUCACAGCCCUGCGGGGACACAGCCGGGCCCCCGCCCGCGGACAUCCCCGCAUUGAGGGUGCAGCUGGCGGGAUCCCACAUCCUGGAGGCGCUGCGUCUGCACAGGGCAGGUUACGCCGACCACAUGGGUCUCGCUCAGUUCCGCAGACGCUUCCAGAUGCUGGACCCUGUGCUCACGAAGAAGCUCGAGUCUGCCUUGGAGAGAAUGCCAGAGAAGAAGGCCGUGGAGGAGCUCCUGCAGAGCCUGGAUCUGGAGAAGACCGCGGUGGCGGUGGGGCACAGCCAGGUGUUCCUCAAGGCGGGUGUGGUCGCCAGGCUGGAGAAGCAGCGGGAGAAGCUGGCGGCGCAGAGUAUUGUGCUCUUCCAGGCCGCCUGCAAGGGCUUUCUUUCUCGCCAGGAAUUCAAGAAGCUAAAGAUUCGCCGGCUGGCUGCCCAGUGCAUCCAGAAGAACAUGGCUGUCUUCCUGGCCAUCAAGGACUGGCCCUGGUGGCAGCUCCUGGGGUCCCUCCGGCCCAUGCUGAGCGCCACCAUUGGGGACGAGCAGCUGCACGCCAAAGAGGAGGAGCUGGCAGCGCUGAGGCAGAAGCUGGAGAGGUCAGAGAAGUCACGGAACGAACUUCGGCAGAAUGCAGAUCUGUUAGAGAGCAAGAUCGCUGACUUGACCACGGAGCUGGCUGACGAGCGCUUCAAAGGGGACGUGUCCUGCCAGGUGCUGGAGAAUGAGCGAGCAGAGCGGCUUCGGGUCUGCCGGGAGCUCCAGGAAGUCAAGAGCAAAUAUGAACAAGUUCAGAAGAAUCUGGAGGCCGUGGAGAAGGAGUUGGAAGCAGCCCAGCAGAAAAUUCAGCUGAGUGCUGCAGAAAGGAAUCAGGCUGGAGGAGCAGCAGAUGAGUGGCAGACGCGCCUUGACUGUGCCCAGAUGGAGAACGAGUUCCUCAGGAAGCGUCUGCAGCAGUUUGAGGAGAGGCUGGACUCGGAGCUGACCUCCCGGAAGGAGCUGGAGCAGAAGCUUGCAGAGCUGCAGAGUGCCUACGAGGCAGCCAAGACCAUGGCCCAGCGGCUGAAGAGGAAGUGCCACCACGUGUCCUGUGACCUGGAGGACAGCCGCGUGCUGCUGGAGAACCAGCAGGGCCGCAACCAUGAGCUGGAGAAGAAGCAGAAGAGGUUUGACAUGCAGCUGGCCCAGGCCCUGGGGGAGUCUGUGUUUGAGAGGCGACUGCGUGAGAAAGUGAUUCAGGAGAACGCUAGUAUCCGGUGGGAACUUGGCCAGCUCCAGCAGCAGCUGAAGCAAAAGGAAGAGGAGACCUCGCAGCUGAAGCAGGAUGUGGCGACCCUGCAAGCUCAGAAACAGGAGUUGCUGGUGACCCCCUCUGUGGGCGACAGCUGCAUCAAGGGCCUGAAGGAGAGGCUCUGGAAGCUGGAAUCCAGCGCCGCGGAGCAGGAGAAAAUCCAGAGCCAGCAGGAAAACACCAUCCGGCAGCUGGAGCAGCUCCGCCAGCGCUUCGAGCUGGAGAUUGAGCGGAUGAAGCAGAUGCACCAGAAGGACCGUGAGGACCAGGAGGAGGAGCUGGAGGACGUCCGCCAGUCGUGCCAGAAGCGGCUCCGCCAGUUGGAAAUGCAGCUGGAGCAGGAGUACGAGGAGAAGCAGAUCGUCCUCCAUGAGAAGCAGGAUCUGGAAGGCUUGAUCGGGACCCUCUGUGACCAGAUUGGACACCGGGACUUUGACGUGGAGAAGCGUCUUCGCAGAGACCUCAGAAGGACCCACGCGCUGCUGUCGGAUGUGCAGCUCCUGCUGGGGACCAUGGAGGAGGGGAAAGCAUCUGUCAGCAAGGAGGAGCUGGAGAAAGUGCACAGCCAGCUGGAGCUGAGUGAAGCCAAGUGCGAGGGUGCCCUGAAGACCCAGAAGGCGCUGACAGCGGACCUGGAGAACAUGCACAACGAACUGGAGAACAUGACACGCAGCAAGAGCCUGGUGGAUGAGCAACUGUCCCGCCUGCAGUUCGAGAGAGCUGACCUGCUGAAGCGCAUCGAUGAGGACCAGGAUGACCUGAAUGACCUCAUGCAGAAACACAAGGAUCUCAUUGCUCAGUCAGCUACAGAUAUUGAGCAGAUCCAGGAACUGCAGCUGCAGCUGGAGGAGGCCAAGAAGGAGAAGCACAAGCUUCAGGAACUGUUGCAGGUGGCUCAGAUGCGCAUCGAGUACCUGGAGAAGUCCACAGUGGAUCGCUCCAUUGUCAGCAGGCAGGAGGCCAUCAUCUGUGACCUGGAGAACAAGACGGAGUUCCAGAAAGUGCAGAUCAAGAGAUUUGAGGUCCUGGUGGUCCGGCUCCGGGACAGCCUGAUGACGAUGGGCGAGGAGCUGGCGCAGGCCACCCAGGCCAAGAUGCAGCAGCGGGAGAGCGGCCGGUACUACCAGCAGCGCCUGGAGGAGCUGAAGGCGGACCUGGAGGAGCUGGGGCAGCGGGAGGCCCAGGCCAGCCAACGGUGCCUGGUGCUGGAGAAGUACGUGGAGGAGUUGGGGUCGGUGAGGCAGACCCUGCAGGCUGACCUGGAGACGUCCAUCCGGCGCAUUGCAGACCUGCAGGCCGCCCUGGAGGAGGUGGCGUCCAGCGACAGUGAGGCUGAGAGCGUCCAGACAGCUGUGGACUGUGCUGAUGGUGACAGAAAAGAGACAGACAACGCCUCCACCCUCAGCUCCCAGCCCGGGGGCAGUGCACAGUCCUGGCUCAGCUGCACUCUGUCCCUCAACACCGACACCGAGAGGACCCCGUCUCACCUGUCCUCCCACCACCGCAGCCUCGUUCCCAGGGUGCCGGAGGAGACCCGGAGCGCGCGGAGCGCAGCCAGGGACGUGCGCGGCGAGACCCCGGGGUCCCGCUCGCCCGCGUCCAGGAGCCGAGAGGCGUCCCCGCAGGCCAGGGACAGGCUGCCCAGCCCCUCGGCCGCGCUCUCGGAGUUCGUGGAAGGCCUGCGGAGGAGGCGGGCGCAGAGCGGCCGCGGCUCGGCGCUGAGCCUGGACGACUGGCCCGAGCCGCCCGUGCGCACGGUCACCGCGGCCGCCUCGCUGCGCCGGGCCCGGGCGGCCGGGGACCCCCCGCUCGGCGCCGCCCGGAGGGGCCCCGGGGCAGAGGGGCCGCCGCCUGCCCCGGGCGCUGCGGGGGCGCCCUCGGGGCUGCCCCGGGCCUCCAGUUUGCGCUGCCUCCCGCAGGCGGGCCGCGAGGACCCCUCGCCGCCGGGCUGGCCGCAGCCCCGGGAGCCCCGGUUCGGCUCCUGCGAGGCCCUCCUGGAAUCGGGGCCGAGCGCGGACUGGGGGCGACCCCCGAGCCCCGCCUCCGGGGAGGGCGCGGGGGUCCUGUCGCCCACGCUGCGCCCGCGGAGGCGCUGCCUGGAGGCCGCGCUGGACGAGGCGGGCUGCCCCGAGCUGGGCAAGGAGCCGCUGGUCUUCCAGAACCGCCGGUUCGCCCGGCUCCUGGAGGAGCCCCUGGGCGGAGACCCGUUCGGCUGGAAGCCCCCGGGUCUGGGCCCCGACCGCCCCGCGCGGGGGGCUUUCGACGACUUCCUCCCGGCCAUCCGCACGGCCACUGCGCGCACGUCGGGGGCCCGGGCGGACAGCGCCGAGCCGGACAGCGGGCGGCCCCAGGGGCGCGCGGAGUCGCAGGAGGCCGGCGCGGGCUUCUUCUCGGGGCUCAAGACCCUGCUGAAACAGAGCCCCCCGUCGCGGGAGGGGGACCCCGGCCACCCGUCGGACUCGUCCUCGGCAGCCUCCGUCGCCUCCCGCAGGAGCAGCCCCGGGACGCGGCGGCGGCGGGAGGGCGACGGGGGUGAGCGCGGGUGCCCCGAGGCCAGGGAGCGGCCCCCGGGCGCCCGGAGGCCCGAGGGGGAGGAGGAGGACGUGGAGAGCAUCAUGAAGAAGUACCUGGGCAAGUAGAAGUAGGGACCGUGCCCCCCACCCCGGGAGGGCUGGCAAAGCAGGGAGAGAGAGAGAGAGAGAGAGGAGAGAGCGCGCUGAGCCCACCCCCACCCGCGGCUCGGGCGACCCCCAAGAAGCAGGCGCAGCGCCUGCCUUUCAUGCCGGGAUAGAUUUCUCUAGGGACCCGGGUUUUGUCGAGGCCUUUAGCUGUUGCUGGAUGCGAGGCCCGCGCCAGGGCCAGGGCCGGGGCCUUUUUUCUUUGCUCUUAUAAAAGGAAAAACAAAAAAAAGAAGAAAAAGAAGAA